AUGGCGCUCUUCCAUGUAGCGCGGUACGCGGGGCCCGAGGCGGCCGGGGCGGAGGCGGAGGCGGACGGCCGGGCCCGCGCGCUGCUGGAGCGGCUGCAGAGCCGGGCCCUCGAGCGGCAGCGCCAGCAGCAGUCGCGGCAGCAGGAGCCCGAGGCGGCCGCGCAGACCGAGGGCGCGCCGGGGAAGCGGCGGCGGCGGCGGCCGCGGAGGUGCAAGGGCGGCGGGGCGCCCGGGAGCCCGCAGGCCCCGCGCAGCAAGCGGCGGAGAGAGGACGGCGAGGCGGCCGGCGCAGAGAGCAGCGAGGAGGCGCCGCGGGAGGGCAGCGUGGACGCCGAGGCCGCGGGGCCGCCCGAAGCCCCAGGGGAACAGCCCCCCGACGCGGCCGGUGCACCCCCAGCCCACCCUCUGCUGCUCGGGGGCUUCGGGAGGAGCAGGGCGCCGAAGGUCCAGCCUUUCCUGCCCACGUGGCUGGCCGAGCCGCGCCGCGUCGGGAAGAAUGUCACCGAAGGCCUGGUGCCUCUCGAGGACGUCCCGGAAGUCCACCCUGACCUGCAGAGGAAGCUGCGUGCCCACGGCAUCUCGUCCUACUUCCCAGUGCAGGCGGCAGUCAUCCCUGCUCUCCUGGAGAGCGCCGCCCAUGGGUUCCUGGUGGGCAGAGGCGGCUACCAGCCCAGGGACCUCUGUGUCUCCGCCCCGACGGGCAGCGGGAAGACCCUGGCCUUCGUCAUACCCGUGGUGCAGGCCCUGCUGCAGCGAGCGGUGUGCCAGGUGCGUGCCCUGGUCGUGCUGCCCACCAAGGAGCUGGCCCAGCAGGUGAGCAAGGUGUUCCACGCCUACACGGACGCCACGCCUCUGCGCGUCGCCCUGGUCACCGGGCAGAAGUCGCUGGCCAAGGAGCAGGAGAGCCUCGUCCAGGAGACGGUGGAUGGCUUCCGCUGCCUGGCUGACAUCGUGGUGGCCACUCCCGGCCGCCUGGUGGACCACGUCGACCAGACCCCGGGGUUCAGCCUCAAGCACCUCCGCUUCCUGGUUGUCGACGAGGCCGACCGGAUGAUCGACAGCAUGCACCAGUCCUGGCUCCCCCGUGUGGUGGCGGCGGCCUUCCCGGGGGAGGGGGCCAAGGACCCCUUUGCUCUGCUCCAGAGACGGCGGCCCCAGGUCGUGACCGCUGCCAGCACCUGCUGCCCUCAGAUGCCCCUGCAGAAGCUGCUCUUCUCGGCCACGCUGACCCAGAAUCCCGAGAAGCUGCAGCAGCUGGGCCUGCACCAGCCCUGGCUCUUCUCCACGCGGCCUGCGCGCGGGGCUCCGGCAGGCACCGACAUGGAUGUGGACGCCGGCGGGAAGUACACCUUCCCUGCAGGGCUCUCGCACCACUACGUGCCCUGCCGCCUGCGCUCCAAGCCGCUGGUGGUCCUGCACCUGAUCCUGCACCUGGGCUGCUCCAGGAUCCUCUGCUUCACCAACUCCCGGGAGCACUCCCACAGGCUCUUCCUGCUCGUCCAGGCUUUCGGUGGCGUGACGGUGGCCGAGUUCUCCUCCCGCUACGGGCCCGGCCAGAGGAAGUGGAUCUUGAAGCAGUUUGAACAGGGGAAGAUCCAGCUCCUCAUCAGCACAGAUGCCACUGCCCGCGGCAUCGACGUGCAGGGGGUGCAGCUGGUGGUGAACUACGACGCCCCCCAGUACCUGCGGACCUACGUGCACCGGGUGGGGAGAACGGCUCGAGCUGGGAAAACCGGACAAGCCUUCACGCUGCUGCUCCAAGUGCAGGAGAGGAGAUUCCUCCGGAUGCUGGCUGAAGCCGGGGUGCCCGAGCUGGAGCGGCACGACACCCCCAGCGAGCUCCUGCAGCCCCUGGUCCCGCGGUACGAGGAGGCCCUGUCCCAGCUGGAGAGGGCCGUCAAGGAAGAAUCGAGGCAGAAGGCGGCCUAG